ACACACAAACACACAUACUACUGUUUUCAAUUGCCGCGUCAAUCUUGUCUCGACUCAUUACAUGACUACUGUACUCUCUCACGGCCAAGAUCUUCGUCUUUGUUUUCAUCUGCAAUUCUCUAUCUUAAGAACCUUCUCAAGAUCCAUCUGAUUCCUUCUCCCAACAUUCUUGUCUCAUUGCCUUCUAACUAGCUCCUCGGCCAAAUCUUCCAUCCUUUUCAGAUCUAACAUUCUUCCUCCCAACAUCUGCAUUGUUGUUCUUUAGCGAGGGUUUAUGUUGAAGCUUCUUAUUUUCCCAUUAUUAAGGUGUCGAAGUCAUGCAAUCUUCUCUUUCGUUCUUCCAACUUAUUGAUGAACUCCACCAACGAGGAAAUAAACUUCACCGAAACCCUAGUCCCAUUAGGCGCCUCUCUUGCCAGGCAUUGGGGCUCGGGUGUCUUACUUUCUAACGAUGGUGUUACGAAUUCUGGUUUGAGAAGAAAAAAUGCGAACUUUGCUUCUAUUGCUGCUUCCACAGAUACUUUGUUUAGCUUCUUCCCAAACGUUUGGCCUUCCAUUUUUGCACAACAAAAUUCAUUCAGUAGCACCACUGUCAAGUCAGUCCCUAUUCAGAACUAUUAACCUGGACCGUGGCAAAGGAAAUACAUUAUCAUCAAGACCAUCAUUGUCACCCCAUAGGCCACACUUCCAGCCUUCUCCUGAGUUGCAUGCUCCGGCGCCUGCCCCUAUUCCAUCACGUCAAGGUCCUUCAGCUGGCCCGAGCUCUACAAUUCCACGAAGGCUCCGCCAUCAUCAUCGUCACAGGAGGCCUGUUUUUGUCAUUCCAGUUCCUUCUGCACCAGGAGGUUGUAGCCAAACAUGUGUAGAUCCACUUACUUCGACUCCUUUUGGUUCUCCAUGUGGCUGUGUGUUCCCUAUGAAAAUUAGACUUCUCCUAGAUGUGUCUCUCUAUGCUGUCUUUCCUGUAAUAAAUGAACUGGAGAUUGAGGUAGCUGCUGGAACAUAUUUACUACAAAGUCAAGUAAUUAUAAUUGGUGCAAGUGCUGAUAGUCAAAGCCAGGAGAAAACAACAGUGGACCUCAAAUUGGUCCCGUUGGGGGAGAAAUUUGACAAUACUACUGCCAUGUUGACAUAUGAGAGGUUUAGGCAGAAAAAAGUGCCUUUAAACAAGACCCUGUUUGGAAAUUAUGAAGUAAUAUAUAUCAAUUAUCCAGGGUUUCCCUCUUCGCAAUCUACUGGAGGUUUUGCGGGUAGUGGUCCAAGUGGGAGUGCUGGAAUCACAGAAUUCCCAGUUACUGCAAAUUUUGUCAAAAAGGGCGAAAAGAUAAACCCUGGAACCAUUUUUAUCAUUGCAUUAUCUGGUGUGGUACUUUUGGUGGUCUGUAUAGGAGCAGUUGCUGUCCUCCUAAAAUGGAGGGCUGGAAUGUCAUCUAAUGUUAUUGGACCUGUCUUUACUCCAUCUUUUAAUAAGAGACAUGGAAUAGGGUCUACCUUAUCGAGUAGUAUGGAAAGCUCCACAUCGAUGUCCCUCAUUUCCACCAUGCCUACUUCCGUUCUCUCUGUCAAAACGUUUACCCUCUCAGAGCUUGAGAAAGCAACAGAUAAGUUCAAUUUGCAAAGGGUUUUGGGUGAAGGAGGCUUUGGACGCGUUUAUCAUGGGAUUCUAGAAGAUGGAACCGAUGUUGCUGUUAAAGUACUUACAAGGGAUAAUCACGACGGCGACCGCGAAUUUAUUGCAGAAAUAGAGAUGCUAAGCCGAUUACAUCAUCGUAACCUCGUUAAACUCAUAGGCAUGUGUUUUGAAGAACACAUCCGAUGCUUGGUUUAUGAGUUGAUACCUAAUGGAAGCAUUGAGUCCCAUCUACAUGGCACGGACAAGAGAAAGGGGCAUCUCGACUGGGAUGCAAGAUUGAAGAUUGCUCUUGGUGCAGCCAGAGGAUUGGCAUAUCUUCAUGAAGAUUCUAAUCCUCGUGUGAUACACAGAGAUUUCAAGGGCAGCAAUGUUUUAUUAGAAAAUGAUUUCACUCCUAAGGUGUCAGAUUUCGGGUUGGCAAGGGAAGCCACGGAAGGGAGUCAUUACAUCUCCACUCGGGUCAUGGGGACUUUCGGGUACGUUGCUCCUGAAUAUGCAAUGACCGGGCAUCUACUGGUGAAGAGUGAUGUGUACAGUUAUGGUGUUGUGCUUUUAGAGCUUCUCUCGGGUAGAAAACCUGUGGACAUGUCUCAACCUCCAGGUGAAGAGAAUCUGGUCACUUGGGCUCGACCACUAUUAGGAAGCAGGGAAGGAUUAGAGCAGUUGGUGGAUCCCUCCUUAAAUCCUGGAAGCUACGACUUUGAUGACAUGGCCAAGGUAGCUUCGAUCGCAUCCAUGUGUGUCCACACAGAAGUGACCCACAGGCCAUUCAUGGGAGAAGUUGUUCAGGCCCUGAAACUCUUAUACAACGAUGCUGCUGACGAUACAUGCAAAGAAUCGUCAGCCCGCGACUCUGAUUUCAAAGGCGAUCUAAUGCAAUCAGAUAGCAGCUGGGGAAAUGCUGGUGGCAUAACUAUGGAAUACUACAGUUCUGGAUCGCUAGAGGAGAUGGAAAACAGGUCUUUGCCUGCAGCUUCUGGCUUGGUAUUAUAUGGUAACAGAUCUGGUCCCUUAAGAACUAUUAAGAGCAAACGGGCCUUCUACAGAUUGAAAGGAAGUAUGAGCGAUCACGGAGGGUUAAGAGAUGUUUCCGCCCUAGAAGCUUCCUUUUAGAGAAUGUUGUUCUCUGAAGUUGUACAGAACUGUGUACUAAAUGAUGGUUCUUCUUCUUGUUUAUUGUUUUAAGUGUUGGGGGUAGUAUUAGGAUUUAGGAGUUUCAAAUUUUUGAGAAUCUCAAUUUAUUGUGACAGAAGCUGGACACUAUUAUUGUUUGUUUGCUAAUUACUGAUUGGCCAUUAUUGCUUAAGACAGACAAUUGUACUAAAAGAAAAUUGGCUACUAUUAUGGCAUGCUUAUUGCUAUUUGGUGGA